AUGGAGGUCGGGGAUUAUGCGGGAGACGGGCGUGGUAGCAACCUAAGCUCUGCAGGCGCGCUCUAUGCCUUUCAAAGUCAAGAUAGUCGAGAUAAGUGCCGAGUGGUUGCAGAGCAGAGUCACAACGCCAAAAUAGUUUAUUGGUAGCACUAAAUACCAAGAAGAAGAGAACAGUGGUGAUUUGCUGCCGCGACUUGAGGUAAGCAGCUCGGUGUCAGCCCUCGUCAGCCCUCGGUCGACGCUGGAAUGUGGACCGGCAGGAGGAGGGGCAAUCGAGGAGGGGACAGAACCAGACAAGGCGAAUCGAUAUGGACAGGUUUUGGCUAAAGGAGGGUAUGGGAGGAGAGAUAAAGAGGGUGUCGUGGGUAGGCAGAUGGGAAAGGUGAGCAGGAGGUUGAGAUAG